UCACAAGUUGAUGGAUGAUCGAUAUGCAUCAAAUGUGUAGCGGUGCGCGCAGAGGUUGUUGAUCAAUUGUUUUAACAGAAGAAUAGGAUUGCCAGUAGAAAAACGAGGAUGAGGAUAGAAUGUGGAGGAAAUAGCACAGUUGUAGAAAGGAACAAGAAGAACAAAGAGGUAGUAUUGGUAGAUGUUGAUGAGGAGGAGAAUGUUGUGAAGAAAACGAGUGAACCAGAUAAGAAAGAAGUAGAGGAAGGAGUAGGGGUUUUGAAAGAAGAGGUAGGAGAAAAGAAAACGGAUGAAGAUGAAAAUGGAAGUCGGAGUGGUGAUAAGGGUUUAGGAGCUAAGGAGGAAGGAAGCAUCGUACGACUUCCAAAAAGGAUCCAAGUUGGUGAAUCACCGCCUUAUAAGAUUGACAGAAAGCUUGGUGAAGGAGGAUUUGGUCAAGUAUAUGUAGGUCGUCGAUUAAGUCCACCACAUCCACACGAAAGAAAUGGUGCCGGAGCUAUAGAGAUUGCCUUAAAAUUUGAGCAUAAAAGUAGCAAAGGUUGCAACAAUGGACCUCCUUAUGAGUGGCAAGUCUAUAAUACUCUUGGUGGUUGUCAUGGGAUACCCCGUGUAUAUUACAAGGGACGUCAAGAUGAUUACUACAUUAUGGUCAUGGAUAUGCUUGGUCCUAGUUUGUGGGAUGUGUGGAACAACAAUGCUCAUAUGAUGUCUAUUGAAAUGGUAGCAUGCAUUGCCAUUGAAGCGAUAUCCAUACUUGAAAAGUUGCACUCUAGGGAGUAUAUACAUGGAGAUGUGAAACCUGAAAAUUUUGUUCUUGGAAAACCUGGAACUCCUGAUGAGAAAAAACUAUUUCUGGUUGACCUUGGAUUAGCAACUAAGUGGCGUGAUACUUUUAGUGGUCUUCAUGUUAAAUAUGACCAGAGGCCUGAUAUAUUUAGGGGAACUUCAAGGUAUGCUAGUGUGCAUGCUCACCUCGGAAGAACUGGAAGUCGGAGGGAUGACCUAGAAUCGUUGGCUUACACACUCAUAUUUCUGCUCCAGGGUAGACUGCCUUGGCAGGGAUAUCAGGGUGAUAAUAAAGAUUUCCUUGUCUGUAAGAAAAAGAUGUCAACUUCUCCAGAAACACUUUGCUGCUUCUGCCCUGCUGCAUUUAAACAGUUUGUGGAAUAUGUUGUGAACCUAAAGUUUGAUGAGGAGCCUAAUUAUGCGAAGUAUAUCUCAUUGUUCGACGAGAUAGUAGGUCCAAAUCCGGACACCAGACCAAUCAACACUGAUGGUGCACAGAAGCUUGUAUAUCAAGUCGGACAGAAGAGAGGACGAGUUAGUAUAGAAGAAGAUGAGGUUGAAGAAAGAAAGAAGAAAGUACGGAUUGGAAUGCGUGCAAGACAAUGGAUUACUGUUUUCAAUGGCCGUCGCCCUAUGAAGCAAAGGUGUCAUUGUAACGUUGGUGAUACGAGGGUGUCUCAGCACGUUGCGAGAGGACAUAGGGACGGACUGUUCAUUAGUGGUGUUGCUUAUUGUUUGGACUCUUGGUUCUUAAUUUUGGAUGAAGGGACUGGGUUCAGAUCCCAAAUUCAUUACUUGUCACCUUCUUUUCUUCCCAAGGAGUGGAUUUUUGAGCAGUGGGAAAAGAAUUACUUUAUUAGCUCCAUUGCAGGAGCUGGUGAUGAUAGGUGCUUAAUAGUGAUGUCAAAGGGUGGUCCGUAUGUGCAACAGACGUACAAAGUGACGGAGUCAUUUCCUUUCGAUUGGAUCGCUAAAAGAUGGAAGGAUGGGUAUUAUGUUACGUCUAUGGCAACUGCAGGAAGAGGUAGAUGGGCAGUUGUUAUGUCACGCGGGGUUGGCUUCUCUCAACAGGUAGUGGAAUUAGAUUUUGUGUAUCCUAGUGAAGGGAUUCGUAAGAGGUGGAAUGCUGGUUACCGUAUCACAUCAACUGCGGCGACCAUGGAUCAAACUGCUGUAGUUCUAAGUAUUCCAACAAAGGAAGAUGUGGGUGAGGCACAAGAGACAAUUUGUACGACUGCUUUUCCCAGCACUCAUGUCAAGGAGAAGUGGGAUAACAACCUUUACAUUGCAUCCCUUUGUUAUGGACAAACUGUGUCUUGA